GUUAGUGGUCCUUUUGCCAGCAAUGAUUUUACACUGCAUUUCUCUAGUAGGACCCUGGCCUUGAUUGAUGUUGUUGGAUUCGCAUUCCUCUAUGGAUGUUUUGGCCAUGUUCUAGUGGUUCGUGAUUGGGGUAGCUUGGGUACGCAUCGGUGA